UUUAAGUAGUUCUAGAUGCAAAUAUCCCUACAGAGAGGAUGAGUUCUUCCAUGGCCUUCCAAGGAGCCUCUUCCUCUUCUUCUUCCACCCGUCCAUUGACAUAUGAUGUGUUCUUGAGUUUUAGAGGCGAAGAUACUCGUCAAAAUUUUACUGCCCAUCUAUAUCAUGCUUUGCAUCUAAAAGGAUUCAAGACUUUCAUAGAUGAUGAGCAGCUUAGAAGUGGAGAGGAAAUUCCUUCAACACUUCUCAAAGCCAUUGAACAGUCAAGGAUUUCAAUAGUUGUAUUCUCUCUAAACUAUGCAUCAUCCGGAUGGUGCUUAAAUGAGCUACUGAAGAUCAUUGAAACAAAGGGACAAACGGUUAUACCAGUGUUUUACAAUGUGGACCCUUCGGAUGUAAGAAAUCAAAAGAACAGUUAUGACUUAUCUAGACAUAAAGAAAGGUUCAAAGAUGACACGAAGGUGCAGAGCUGGAAGGCAGCCCUAACCAAAGUGGCCAAUUUUUCUGGGAGGCAUUCAAAGAAGUCGAGGAAUGAAGCUAAAUUCAUUGACAAAAUCGUUCGAGAUGUCUCAAGAAUCGUGAAACGUGUUACCAAUCAUCCAAAAAAAGACAAAAUCGUUAAGAAUGUCUCAAGAAUUGUGAACCACACAUAUUUACACAUUUCCAAUCAUCCAAAAAAAGAAGAAGAAUUUGAAGAAGAAGAAUCUGAAGAAGAAGAAGAAUUUGGAGGAGAAGAAGAAGAAGAAGAAGAAGAAUUUGAAGAAGAAGAAGAAUCUGAAGAAGAAGAAGAAGAAGAAGAAGAAGAAGAAUCUGAAGAAGAAGAAUCCGAAGAAGAAGAAGAAUCUGAAGAAGAAGAAGAAGAAGAAGAAGAAGAAUAUGAAGAAUAUGAAGAUGAAGAAGAAGAAUCUGGAUAACCUUUGGAACAUGGUGUGAUGGUGAUCACUCACUUUGGAAUAUUUUAGUAAAAUAAAAUUACCUAUUUUGAAAAUCUGAAAAUGAAAAGAAACAUUAAAAGAGGAUAGAUGGAAUGCAAGUUUGUUUCCGUUUUACAAAGUACUAUAUAUAUAAUUCUAGCAAGUGAUAAAAUAUAGAGAAAUUUAUGCUUUGAUUUUGUUGGCACACUACUAAUUCAUUACCUUACUAGGGAACAAACAAA